AUGGGCAGCAAAAUUGAUUGGGCAGCGCGUCCCACAUAUUCCCUGGAACAACUGGGACGCUACUUCGACCGGAUAGGACUCCCCGACAAGUAUCGAGAAGCUCUUCUUCUCAUGCAGGAUGAAGCGGAACUCAACGCCCAGUCUGCGUUGGCUUUGCUGAAGGCGCUGCAACGAUACCAACUAGCAGCUGUGCCUUUCGAAAACCUGAAUCUCCACUAUGCUGUUCAUCGCAGUAUCUCAAUCGACCCUCACAAACUUUUUGAGAAGAUUGUUGAUUCCAACUCUCGUCGUGGGGGCUACUGCAUGGAGAACAGUGUCUUGUUUGGCACUGUCUUGAGAAGCCUGGGAUACGAGGUGACUGCCGUAGGGGGGCGAGUUAACGAAGCGGCGCAGCCCAUGAAUCAUAUGGUUAAUAUCGUGACCAUUGAUGAGCAAAAGUACCUGGUAGACGUUGGAUUUGGCUCCAAUGGGCCACAUCAGCCCCUCCCACUGGUCCAGAAUUAUGAGUUCCACAAUGUUGGCGAACAGUCGGGGAGGCUGGUCUACGGACCUAUCGUCCAACACACUAGCCGAGGCCAAUCUCUGUGGCAGUACGAAAUCCGCAACGGGGACAGUCAAUGGAUUCCCGCUUACUGCUUUACGGAGAUGGAGUUCCUCCCCGAGGAUUUCACGAUCAUUAACUACUACAUGAGUACUAGCCGGGAAAGCUGGUUUACUUUCCAUGUCGUCUGUGUGAGGAUGUUACUCGACGAGGAUGGUGACAAAAUAGUGGGAGACCUGACUUUGUUUAACGACACCCUCAAAGAGCGCCGGGAAGCGACAUCCAAGGUGCUAGAGAAAUUUACCUCCGACGAGCAGCGGGUAUUAGCGCUUGAAAGGGUGUUCAAUAUCCACAUUUCUGCCGCCGACCGAGAGACCAUUCGCCAUACAAUCUCGGAAAUCCUCUAA